AUGCCGCGCAUAUUAUCGAUUCUUCCGGAUGACGAAUACAGGGAGUUCAAGUCACAGUGGGACUCGAUGCCAAAAGCCGAAAAGUCAUCCGAGAGACUGAUGGAACAAAUAAAGAUGCGCCUUCAAAGACAAAGUGUAUGCGUGAAAGAAGACGCUACAACAGCUUUUCUAACAAGAAGUGCAGGGCACGGUGCCAACGGAGAGAAGAAAUGGAGGAAGGGGACAAAAUACCAGAUGGCGAGAAAAUCUCAACCUUCAACAGCUACAGGUAUGAAACUUAGUAAGGCCAAUAAUGGUGUGAAAAGCUCCCGUGGCAACUGUUUUAGGUGCAAUAAGUCAGGGCACAUGGGAAAAUUUUGUCCUGAUUUUCCAGACAAGCCGAGGAUGCCAGGUAAUAAAACCGAAACUUUUCUUACUACUCUUUGUAGUGCAUUUAUUUGCCAUGAUGACAGUAGCCGAAAUGUGUGGCUCAAAGACGAUGGAGCUACAGCACACAUCACAAACUCAGCCGAAUAUUUCAAGACGUAUCGUCAUUUUGACAAGCCAGUAGAAAUCGUAGUUGGUAACAAACAGACAAUACCAGCGUAUGGNGCCGAAAUGUGUGGCUCAAAGACGAUGGAGCUACAGCACACAUCAUAA